UAGGCAGAGGUUCUUCCGAGAAUCAUCAUCAGUGGCGGGCGAUACAUACAUACAUACACACAAACGCUCUCUGCUCUCUAACAGACACCAGCGACUGAGAUAGAGAAAUGAGUAUUCAAAUUUGUAGUUUCCCGUUGCAUCCAAGGUUCUCGCUGCGACCCUGCUCCCAAACCGCCGCGAGGUCUACACGUAUCUUCGCUCGUACGGAGAAUGAAUCGUCACGGUCUGAUCAGCAACAGCUCAAUCUCUCCGUCCUUCGCUUCACAUUCGGGAUUCCUGGGCUAGACGAAUCUUAUCUACCGAGGUGGAUCGGGUACGGGUUCGGAUCGCUUAUUCUUCUCAACCACUUCUCAGCUUCAGCUCCAAUCAGCGAAUCUCAACUGAGAUCAGAGGCUUUAGGGUUAUCACUUGCUGCAUUCUCCAUAGCUUUACCUUACUUUGGCAAGUUCCUCAAGGGUUCUGAAGUAGAGAAGAGAAGCUUACCUGAAGAGGGAGAACAGGUUUUUGUGAUAUCAUCAAGUAUUGGAGACUCUUUGAAAGAGGAUUUGGCUUGGGCAACUUAUGUUUUGUUGAGGAAUACAAGUACCGUUGCUGUGAUGAUAUCGAUUCAAGGUGAGCUUUGUGUUCGCGGGUACUGGAACUGCCCUGGUCAAAUGCCAAAGGCUCAACUACAUGACUGGUUCAAGAGAAACGUUGAUGAAAUAGGCCUGGCUGAUGUUAAGGAGACCCUUUAUUUCCCUCAGUAUGCAGGUUCUGCAUUGUCGUGGGAUAUUCUUCCUGAUGGGACGCGUUCUGUUUUUGUGCAACCUCUCGUACAUAAUAUUGAUGAAUCGGAGAAAAUGGAUGGGUUUUUGCUGGUGGCUUCUACUGCUGGAUAUGCAUAUAGCGAUAAAGAUAGAGCCUGGAUUGGAGCCAUGGCUGAUAAAUUCAGAGGUUAGAUAGUUCCCAUGGAUGUAAAUGAUAUAAUGAUUUGUUGCUUCUCCUUUUCUCUUUCUGUGUUUUUGUUAAGUUGAAUUUUUGCAGCCACAACUCAGACACAGUUUCCUCAUGGUAUAUAUGCUUUGUUGCUGUUCCAUGAUUCCAUCUGAAUAUGAGAUGGUUUGCAUAUAUUCAUAGAACUUAAUUAAGAUCAGAGACGAUUGUUUAAUUCCUUUGCUAAUAUAUUAACGAGACUUUAGGUUUAGGGUACCAUGGUCCUUGCAGGUAGGCUACACGUCAGUAGCAAAUAUACAAACUUACGUUUGAAGAGAACCUUGAAAAUAUAUUGGUAUCCAUAACCAAAAGCACUAAACAUCUUAUUUGUCAGGUCCUAGGAUAAUGCUUCUCUCAGUUUGAAUCUGUUAAUGCUAUCACCUUAAAAAUGAAUAUCGGUAUCAUCGUGAAAACGUUUACCCUAUUUCUAAACUUUUUGUUUAAUGUGCUUUUCUUCGUAUGACUUGCAGGAUGAUCUAAUAAGCUUUCUCCGAUUAUUUGACCUCUUGCCUGGAGACAUGAGGAAUACAAAGCUCUGUCUAUGUAUAACAUAUGUGUCCGUGAUCUUAACUGAUCCAUCUUUGUUGUUCUUUUUGCCGGUUUUUUCUGCAAUCUUAUCUGCAGGCUAAGAUCAAGUGGAGGCACAAUAGUCGAUUCUCCGAAGAGCAUCUCCAUCUGUUUGGAUCUGAUCUAGAUGGAAAAAAAUGUAACCUCUAAUCUUUGCUUCUUUUGCUAACGCGUGUGCCGGACAUUCCUACUCCGAAGAAUAUGAGACCAAUCGGCUGUACCUUGCUAGCGAAGUAAGCAAGAAAAGGGAUGCCAUUAGUUUGAUUCAAAGGCAUAUCUAUAGGAUAGCCUCUGUUUCCGACGGCAGUGUCUCAUGCUCACAUACUCGAAGUUUUCCUGUAAUUUCUGGAACACCUCGAUCUCUGUCGCGAAUGAUGGCCACUCUAUCGGGUUUGUAUUCAUGUUCACUAAGUCCUACUAGUUUGUCUCGAACCGUAUCGAGGUUAUGACACAAAAACUUUAUUUUUUCCACCGAA